AUGGCGACCCAAUACGAAGUCGAACACAACAUUAAACCCUCCUCCAUCGCGCCCCGCCGCCGCAAAGUCGACAUGUCAACCUUUACCUCCCAUCUGCACAACAUCGCCCCGGAGUCCUCCACCUCCACCUCCAACUCCUCGCAGUCACAGUCGCACCACCACAACCCGCACGCGACCCCCAACCCCGUCGACCUCGCCGCUCUCUACCGACUGCUCCAAGACCAAAUGGGCGUGCUCGCCCUCUCGGCACCGACCGACGAAAACCGCAACUUUCUCAACUCGCUGAUCGAUUCUCUGGAAGAGGACAUCCACCGCCCGCCCACGCAAAUCGAGGGUGUCUCGCAAGAGUUUUUGGAUGGGCUGGACAGGGUGGACAGGAAGAAACUAAAGGAGGACGAGCAGUGCCCUAUCUGCGCCGAGAGGUAUCUGGAUGAUCAGUAUUGUCUGGUGGUGGAACUGCCGUGUCAUCAUAGCCAUCGGUUUGAUCUUGAGUGCGUGGGGCCGUGGUUGAGGAGUAAGGGGACUUGUCCGAUGUGUAGGAAGGAGAUGGGGAAGAGGAGGGAGGUGGUGACUAAGAAAGAGGAAGAAGAAGAGGAGGAGGAGGAUGAUAUGGAUGGGUUGUAUGCUUGA